AUGGAAGACACGCUUUUCUACUUCGAGCGCGAGAAGUACAAGACCGACGAAGUCUAUGACAAGACCAUUAGAAAUCACAUUUUGAAGAUCACUCGUCUAUUCAAGGACGAUGCGCCGGCCAUCAUAGCCAAAGCGCCGCAAUUGCUCGAGAUCGUCCACCCCACCGACCACUCUAUUUCCCACCUCGCGAUCCUGAACACUCUGAAGCAUCUGGAUGAAAGCUCUCUGCCCCUUCCGAUCGAUACCUUCCGAGAACACAUCGCCCGGUUCCUGUUGUCGUUCGACGCCCGGCAGAUGCGCUAUGUUGGUGAUGUCUUCUACGACCUGUUGAAGGAUGUCGUGGAAUGCAAGUUCUUUCAGGCGCGUCAAUCUGUAGAGAUCGUUGUUGCCGCAUUGAGGCUACUCGAUCCCGAAUCAGCCGUACUCACGAGCCUCCACCUCGCUGUGGUGAGGCUAGCUUACGAGACGACGAACUACGACGAAGUGCUGCCGAUACUCGAGAAACCAUGGGUGUUCCUUCCUGGAAUGAAGGACCAGCCUCGUCCAACAUACCCUUGCGAUUUGACAGCUUCACCUUCCGCCUAUAUCAGCCCCGCCACACAACUUACCGAAUACUUGACUCGCGAGGGUGUCAUGGAGCACGAGUACCUCAGUGCCCAAAUCUUCACGAAGGAGCUCAAAUGGGCGCAGGCUCACAAAGCCUACCAACGAAUCAUCACUUGGCCGUCAAGGGAAACCUCUGUGAGCAAGUUGAUGACUGACUCCCACAAGCGGUGGCUUCUCACAGGUCUCUUGGCUCUCGGCCACGCGCCGGUUUUACCCGGACAAAUCAGCUCAAGCGCUCAGAAGGCGUUUGCAUCUCUGUCAAAACAAUAUGCAGAUCUCGCGAGCCUAUUUUCCACCACCAAUGUUGAACAGUUCAAGGGCGCAGCCGAGAAAGGCAUUGAUACGUGGGCAGCUGAUGGAACCACCGAGCUGAUCAAGGCGGUUGUGACGGCGUACCAGAAAUGGCAGAUUCUUGGUCUCGCCGACGUGUAUCACAAGAUCAGCGUAUCGGAGAUCCGCCAACAGACACUCAGUGCCGAGACAGCUCGAAACAUCGAGACUGACGAGGAGGUGGAGCAACUCCUGCAGGAUAUGGUCACCAUCGGAAUGCUUCAGGGCUCAUUGGAGGUCAGCCCUGAUGGCGUCAAGUGCCUCAUCUUCCUCCCGCGUGACACGGAAAUCGAAUACAGCGAGUACCAGAAGAAGAUCACAGACGACGCGCGCAUCAAGGCGUUGAACAAGUUUGCCGAGGUUAGCGAUGUUCGUCUUGCCGCGUCAAAGGACUACGCCAAGCACAUCAUUCGUGAGCAGAAGCGCCAAGACAAGGACAGCUCUCAGUCGCACAACACCGAGUUCGGCUUCGACGCAUCCAUCGAGGACGAAGAUCUCAUGACGGGUAUUCAACAUCCUUAG